AUGUCGGAAAGCAUCACGAUGAGCCACGCCACGAACGUCCCCCGUAUGACGGACGGUCCCCGCGGCAGCGCGACGGACGUCCCGGGCUACGUGUGCGACGUGUGCGGUGAGGAGUGCACGAGCGAAGCGGACACGCUCUCGCACGUGCAGGCCGCCCACAUCGAGUCCUCCCUCAGCUGCCCGUUCUGCGAGCUGGCCGACGUCGCGCUCGAAGAGCUGAGCCUCCACAUCGCCCACUGCCACCCAGAGGGCGCCGCCGUCUCGAGCGCGGGUGACGCAGCGCUGCGGUGUCCUCUCUGUGGAGUGAGCGACGCGUCGCCGACGCGGCUACAGCUGCACGUCAAUAGAGCACACCUGGACGCGACGAGUCCGGGCACAUCUCGCGUCUACACUGCCCCGCCGCCAGUGGCCGCGAGAGAGGGCGCCGCCAGUGCGUUGGCGAGAGAGCGUGCCGCCGGGACGUCCGCGAGAGAGGGCGUCACCGAGGCGUCCGCGACUGAGGGCGCCGCUGAGGCCGAUCGUCAUCGGGCGGUGGCAGUGGCGGUGGUAUGCCCGUUCUGCGGGUUGGAGUGCGAGAACGCGGCGCAGGCCCAGGACCACAUCCACACGCGUCACGCCGGCGAGGAUUCGCACACACCGCCGACGCCGCCGAUCGCUUUCCCUCGCGACGCCGGGAGAGAUCCAGACGGUGGCUCCCCCACGCUCGCUCGAGCGUCGUGCGAUGACCGGGAUUCUCGGACGUCGAUCGCUGCUCGUCUCCGGCGCAAACAUGGGUUUGCUCGCGUGACGGGAGGCGCCGACGCUGCGAGCGGAGCUUCGAAGACCGCGUGCGUGUCCGCCGUCGCUUCCGCGUGCGACCAGCGGACAGGGCGCGACCGCCGGGAGGUGGCGAGACUCGUAGAUGACAGCGGCGGCGGCGGCGAGGGAGACUUCCGUGGGAGCACGAUCGCCGCGCCGCUCGUUAGCGCCGAGGACGAGCGAUGCUGCACGCGGGGUCUCGUCGAGCGACUGCGCGCGCGCAUCCCGGCUCUGCUCCUCUGCGCGACCGCCGCGCACUUUGCGUCGACGGCGGCCGACCGCGGCUGGGCGUGCGGCUACAGGAACGCUCAGACGUUGCUGUCGUCGGUCGCACGCUGGCCCGGCGUCGCGGCGCAUUACCCGAUUUUGUGA